GAACGUCGCGUCGCGCGUCUCGCAGCGGCGAAACCGGUCGUUCGCAGCGCGAGCAGCGGUCGCCGGUCGCCGACGCCGGACGUCAGCGUGAGCUGGGGCAGCGUCGUCUUUUUCCAAGCGCUUUCCUUUCCGUGGGACGCUGUCUUUGGGCCCGCGGGUCUCCAAGACGAAGACGAGACGCCCGAGUCGUGCGCGCUGAGCUGGUCGAUUGUAUUUAUGUUUGUGUGCUGCUUUCUUCUAUCCCAGAUGGUGACGUACAUCCUUGAUAUUUAA